CCCAUACUCAUCGUCCCAGCUUUCCGCAGUCCACCCGUCGGACUCGCUCUUUUUCUCUGCCCGCGAAGCUUGCGCUCUGAUUUUUUUGCUGCUUGAGUCGGUGAACUCCUGUUUGCCUGUAGACCUGACGCGCGCCAGCUUGAAUAUCAGCACCUUGCCAAAUCUUCGUGCGACAGCCAGCUUCAUCAUCUCCAACGAUGAGCUCUUUCGUGGACGACCGUUAUACCGGUGGUUUUGCGGCCCCCGGUAGCUUUCAAGACCGCUCGCCUCUCGAUGGCUUCAAGAACCUCUCGCUCUCCGGAAGCCAGUACACUGCUCCAAACCAGCAACCGCUGGCUGAGACUGAAAACAUGUUUCUGUUUGAUUCAGGCCAGCGCUCGGUUUCGCGCUCGCGAGCGCCUGGCGGACUACUUGAUCCCAACUAUCAACCGCAUCGUGACCUCUCGCCUUCUGCAUACUCCACCGAACACACGACCCCGCUCUCUCGACCUUCCACGCCCGGCGGUCCUCGACCUGUCUACAGCUCGUCGCCUAAAUCCCGAAGUCCGGCCAGACCGCAGGCAAGCGAACCAAGCAAUCAGUUUAUUCCCGAGCCAGGUUUCCCUAUGGUGACCACCCAAGGCGUCAACCUGCCACCUUCGUUUCCCAUGGAACUUCGUGAUAUUAAAGCUGAAUGGGCUGCUAUUGCGGCUGGCCAGGCGGAUUAUUCUCGUCAGCUGCAAUGGGCGUUGCGACUCUUUCGCUUGCAUGGCACGUCGUCACAUAUGUUUCCCCCGCAGGAUCGGGAACUGUUAGACCGUGCCUUGCACUUGGUUCAAUCCCUUUCCACUGAUCAAGUGCCUGAGCUGCUCUAUUAUAAGGGAGUCUGGUCAGAGAAAGGUCAGAGAGGGAUGGAAAAGAGUCAGACCAGGGCCUUCGAGUAUUAUCAGCAAGCAGCAGAGGCUGGAUUCUUGCGCGCGUACUACCGCAUGGGAAUGAUGUACGAGAAAAAGAAGAGGAUUGCGGAAGCUGUCAAUUGCUUUCAAAGAGGUGCUGUUGAAUACGACUGUGGCUGCUGCUUUGCUCUUGCGUUGAUCUAUCUGAAUGGUCUUCACCAGCAAGUUCGAGACCCAACAUUAGCGUUCAACUACCUGCGGGCCGCGGCCGAGAAAGCCGAUUUUGAUGUUCCGGUACCUGCGUAUAUCUACGGCUUAGCACUCCUAGACGAAGAUCCCCAGUGGUCGGGCGCAAGUGAUUCCCUGUUCAGCAAUCCCGCUCUGGGGCGUAAAUUCUUAGAACAAGCCGCGCUCCUUUCGGUAUCAGCCUCGCAGGUACGGCUAGGAGUUGCGUGGCAGACUCGCGAACUGGGCUGUGAAUACGAUCCCCCGAUCUCGCUUCACUAUUAUGCGCUCGCAAGCCGGUCUGGAGAUCCCUCUGCAUACAUGGGUUUGAGCUCUUGGUACUUCUCCGGUGACGCUGACUACAAUUUCCCUGUGAACGAGGAGUUGGCGGUCAGCCUUGCCAGCAAAGCAGCCGACAAGGGAAACGUCAAGGCGUAUUUUGCUAUGGGAUACUUUUGCGAAGUAGGUAUCUGCAUGCCGCAGAACUUGGAGGAGGCGAAGCGAUGGUAUAACCUUGGAGCGGCUAAGAACAGCCAGGAUUGUAUCAACCGCCUGAACGAGCUGUCGCUUAAACGACAACUUUCGACGGAAUUCCACGCGAAGAGACUUGAGGAGAAGAGGAAUAUUCAGCGCUCGAUGACUUUGCAGAGGAAAAAGAAGAAUGAGAAUGGGAAGGCUGCACUGCCUUCUAAUACUGCUGCUGCUGCUGUUGUUGCUGCUACUGCUGUAGGAGAGCAGCAGUUUGAAGAGAGAGGGCGGGCUACCUCGAGCAGCAAAGGCGUUUCUCCUGCCGGUCCUAGGAUGCCGGACCAGAACUCGCACCGAGCGUCAUUCAAUGCUGUUCUGUCCCCGCCACCCGAUAGUCCCGUGAAGAUUCGCCAGCAAGAAGAAAACAUGUUUUUCUCCCUGACCGACGCUAGUUCCAGACGGUCGUCUGCUCAAGGCUAUGAUACUCUGGAUCCGAAGAUGGACAUGGCCAGAGACGGAAACUCGUAUCGACGGUCAUCUCAGUCGCCACUACGAAGCGAGUAUCUCGCGCAACCAGUGCCGAAGAACCGAAGCGUGUCAGCGUCGCCAAUGGAGUCAAGCGUGUCUGAGUCCGCGCUGGGCUAUAACAGCCUACCGGUGCGGACAAACGACAACCGCUCCGUGUCUCCUAACUAUCGCCCUCGGUCUAGUAUUCCUACUGAGUGGAGCCAAGGACGUCCGCAGCAGCAAUACACUCCUGUGAAUAGCUACGGUCGAACCUCGCCGCAGCCGAAUACAUCUCCUGCUCCCCGUGCGAGUUUGGCGUCCAGAGUCGCUACGCCCCCACCAUUCCAAAACAUUCCGGCUCUGACUCCCGAUCAAGACAGGAGACGUAGCAGCGCCAAUGUGUCACCGCGUCCAUCGCCCCGGGUGUCGAUGGACCGUCCAAGGUACUCGCCUCCGCGGGUUCCCCAAACUCAGGGUACCUCCUCGACUGGUUAUUUGCAGCAAGGCGAAUCUCAGUACGCAGACUCUCGUCGACGAUCGAGCGGAAACGAGUUCUACGACAUUGGCGCACCCGAGCUCGGCUCUCGACACGAGUCUUUCUCGAGCAUGACCACAUCAACGACCUUGACGAGUGCCUCGACUGUCUCUACUGGCCUGUCGAGCGUCUCGUCUGCUGCCACGUCUGUGAACUCUUCGUCUCUGAAGUCGAUGAUUAUUGACCCCGAUGCGGGUCCCAACAGCGUCGACAAGAUAUUCGCUGGAAAAGGCGCUCAAGCACCCAGGAAGAAGAAAGCGCCGCAGACUUUUGAGGAGAUGGGCAUCCCCAAGCCUUCGAAGGAGAGCGACUGUGUGGUCAUGUAGCCUUUUACCUUUUUUUCCACUAUAUAUUACUAGUUUUAUUGUUUAUUUAACGUGGGGGGAAGAGAAAUCAUGUAUUCUGAGGGGGGCUUAUGUUGUGCAUAUUGUUUAGCAUAUGAUAAAGGGUAAAUUUUUGCAUAUAUUUGUUUAUACUGUUUUAUUCAUUCGUAUCGGCAAGUAGACAUUCUUUUUUCUUAAUCUAUAAUAGAUAAAAUCUACGUUCUGGUCAGGAAAGUGGUGUGAAAGAAGUGUAAAUCUGAUGGGUGGAGCGACGCGUACGGCUGUGUUUUGCGCUUUCCUGAAAGGUAACUAAUUUACGCUGCAGGCUGGUUUAAC